GACCGACGGUAUGCUUCAGCGAGAAAUUCUUCUCGAUCCGGAAUUGAAGAGAUACUCGGUGAUUAUGUUGGACGAGGCCCACGAGCGAACGAUUGCCACAGACGUUCUGUUCGGUUUGCUAAAGAAGACUAUCAAGCGGCGUCCUGACCUCCGACUGAUCGUCACCUCUGCCACUCUGGACGCAGAGAAAUUUUCGGAAUACUUCAACGGCUGUCCUAUCUUCUCUAUUCCUGGACGUACAUUCCCGGUCGAGAUCAUGUACUCUAAGGAGCCCGAGUCCGAUUAUCUUGAUGCAGCCCUGAUUACAGUCAUGCAGAUCCACUUGACAGAACCCUCAGGCGAUAUUCUCCUUUUCUUGACGGGCCAAGAAGAAAUUGACACGGCUUGCGAGAUCCUUUAUGAGCGAAUGAAAGCGCUGGGUUCCACUGUGCCAGAGCUAGUUAUCCUCCCUGUGUAUUCCGCUCUGCCAAGUGAAAUGCAAAGCCGAAUCUUCGAACCCGCACCCCCAGGUGGCCGGAAGGUCGUUAUCGCGACGAACAUUGCCGAGACUUCCAUUACGAUCGAUAACAUCUACUAUGUUAUUGAUCCUGGUUUUGUGAAGCAGAAUGCUUACGAUCCCAAGCUCGGUAUGGACUCGUUGGUUGUGACUCCUAUCUCGCAAGCGCAAGCCAAGCAACGAGCUGGUCGUGCAGGAAGAACCGGUCCAGGCAAAUGCUUCCGUUUAUACACCGAAGCGGCCUACCAAUCUGAAAUGUUACCUACCACAAUUCCUGAAAUUCAACGUCAGAACCUCUCUCACACCAUUCUCAUGCUCAAAGCGAUGGGCAUUAACGACCUCCUGCACUUCGAUUUCAUGGAUCCCCCACCCACCAAUACUAUGCUUACUGCAUUGGAAGAACUUUACGCACUUUCUGCGCUGGACGACGAGGGUCUCUUGACACGCUUGGGAAGAAAGAUGGCAGAUUUCCCUAUGGAGCCGGCUCUAGCCAAGGUUCUGAUCGCUUCUGUGGAUAUGGGAUGCUCGGACGAGAUGCUGAGCAUUGUCGCCAUGCUGUCCAUCCAGUCGGUAUUCUACCGUCCCAAAGAGAAGCAACAGCAGGCCGAUCAGAAGAAGGCCAAGUUCCACGAUCCGCACGGUGACCACCUGACUCUACUGAACGUCUACAACGCAUGGAAGAAUUCCAAGUUCAACAACGCGUGGUGCUUCGAGAACUUCAUCCAAGCACGACAAAUCCGCCGCGCUCAGGAUGUCCGCCAACAGUUGCUGGGCAUCAUGGACCGGUACCACCACAAGAUCGUCUCUUGUGGUCGCAACACCACGAAAGUCCGACAAGCACUGUGUACGGGAUUCUUCCGCAACGCAGCCCGUAAAGACCCUCAGGAAGGCUACAAGACACUGGUCGAGGGCACCCCGGUCUACAUGCAUCCCAGCUCCGCGCUCUUCGGAAAGCCCUCCGAACACGUCAUUUACCAUACCUUGGUCCUCACGACGAAGGAGUACAUGCAUUGCACCACGUCCAUCGAGCCCAAGUGGCUGGUCGAGGCGGCUCCGACCUUCUUCAAGGUUGCGCCGACCGAUCGACUCUCCAAGCGCAAGAAGGCCGAGCGCAUCCAGCCCCUGCACAAUCGCUUUGCGGGCGAGGACGACUGGCGUCUCUCUGCACAGAGACGCCAAGGCAGGGGUGGCGGCGGUGGCACAUGGGGUUAGUUGUAUCAUUUGCUGCUGGUUUAGACAUUUUCUCUCUCUUUCUUUUCAGGCAUGUAUAUGGCAGUUUCAAAGCAUACCCCUCAUGAAUUUGUG